CGGGGCCUGCGGACUCCAUGGCGCCAGCGGCGUCCGUCUGAGUAGCGGGGGCGGAUCCGGCCGCGGCUUCUCUUCGCCAUGGGAGACGUGCUGUCCACACACCUGGAUGACGCGCGGCGCCAGCACAUCGCAGAGAAAACUGAGAAGAUCCUGAGAGAGUUCCUCCGUUUCUACGAGGACCAAUAUGGCGUCUCCCUCUUCAACAGCAUGCGCCAUGAGAUCGAGGGCACCGGUCCACCACAGGCUCAGCUGCUCUGGCGCAAGGUGCCCCUGGAUGAACGCAUCAUCUUCUCUGGGAACCUUUUCCAGUACCAGGAGGACAAUAAGAAGUGGAGGAAUCGCUUCAGCCUGGUGCCCCACAACUAUGGGCUGGUGCUGUACGAGAACAAAGUGGCCUAUGAGCGGCAGAUGCCACCCAGAGCCGUCAUUAACAGUGCAGGCUACAAAGUUCUCACCUCUGUAGACCAGUACCUGGAGCUUGUUGGCAAUUCCCUACCGGGGACCACAUCGAAAUCGGGCUCCACCCCCAUCCUUAAGUGCCCCACGCAGUUCCCGCUCAUCCUGUGGCAUCCUUAUGCCCGUCACUACUACUUCUGCAUGAUGACGGAAGCUGAACAGGACAAAUGGCAGGCCGUGCUUCAGGAUUGCGUCCGACACUGCAACAAUGGGAUCCCUGAGAACUCGAAGGUGGAAGGCCCUGCAUUUACCGAUGCCAUCCGCAUGUACCGCCAGUCGAAGGAGCAGUACGGCACCUGGGAAAUGCUGUGUGGGAAUGAGGUGCAGAUCCUAAGCAACCUGGUGAUGGAGGAGCUGGGCCCAGCGCUGAAGGCAGAGCUUGGCCCACGGCUAAAGGGGAAGCCACAAGAGCGACAGCGACAGUGGAUCCAGAUCUCCGAUGCCGUAUACCGCCUGGUGUUUGAGCAGGCCAAGGCGCACUUUGAGGAGGUGCUCUCUAAGCUGCAGUUGGCCCGGCCAGCCAUGGAGGCAGUCAUCCGCACUGACAUGGACCAGAUCAUCACCUCCAAGGAGCACCUGGCCAGCAAGAUCCGGGCCUUCAUCCUUCCCAAGGCGGAGGUGUGCGUGAGGAACCACGUCCAGCCCUACAUCCCAUCCAUCCUAGAGGCCCUGAUGGUGCCCACCAGCCAGGGCUUCACUGAGGUGCGGGAUGUCUUCUUCAAAGAAGUCACAGACAUGAAUCUGAACGUGAUCAACGAGGGGGGCAUUGACAAGUUGGGCGAGUACAUGGAGAAGCUGUCUCAGCUGGCCUACCACCCCCUGAAGAUGCAGAGCUGUUACGAGAAGAUGCAGCCUCUGCGGCUGGAUGGGCUGCAGCAGCGCUUUGACGUGUCUAGCACAUCUGUGUUCAAGCAGCGAGCCCAGAUCCACAUGCGAGAGCAAAUGGACAAUGCUGUGUACACCUUCGAAACCCUCCUGCACCAGGAGCUGGGGAAGGGGCCUACCAAGGAGGAUCUGUGCAAGUCCAUCCAGCGGAUUCUGGAGCGGGUGCUGAAGAAAUACGACUACGACAGCAGUUCUGUGCGCAAGAGGUUCUUCCGGGAGGCGCUGUUGCAGAUCACCAUUCCCUUUCUGCUCAAAAAGCUGGCCCCCACCUGCAAGUCGGAGUUGCCACGCUUCCAGGAACUGAUCUUUGAGGACUUCGCCAGGUUCAUCUUGGUGGAGAACACAUACGAGGAGGUGGUGCUGCAGACGGUCAUGAAGGACAUCCUGCAGGCUGUGAAGGAGGCCGCCGUGCAGCGUAAACAUAACCUCUACCGGGACAGCAUGGUUCUGCAUAACAGUGACCCCAAUCUACACCUGCUGGCCGAGGGUGCACCCAUUGACUGGGGCGAACAGUAUGGUGACAGCGGUGAUGGCAGCGACAGUGGGGGCAGCCCCAGCCCCUGCCCUUCUGAAGCAGCCAACCUCACAGAAAAGCGCAGGCGUGCCAAGCAGGUGGUGUCCGUGGUCCAGGACGAGGAGUCAGGGCUGCCCUUUGAGGCUGGUUCUGAACCGCCUUCCCCUGCAUCCCCGGACAGUGUCACUGAGCUCCGAGGUCUGCUGGCCCAGGAUCUGCGGGCUGAGAGCCCCCCACCGGCCAGCCCCCUUCUCAAUGGGGCCCCCGUCCAGGAGAGCCCCCAGCCCACGGCAGUCCUUGAGGCCUCCUCACCGCCAGCCUCGCCCCUUGGGCAUCUCCCACCUGGAAAGGGUAUGGACAUUGAGACCCCGAAGCCCAGUGACCAAGAGACCGGGGAGCAGGUGUCCAGCCCUGGUGGCCGUCCUCCCAUCCACACCACCACUGAGGACAGCGCAGGUGUGCAGACAGAGUUCUAGGCAUUGCCUCCAGGCUUCUGUUGGACACCGCACUGGGCCGCUUCUCCUUGGGCACUGUAGCCUCAUCUCUGGGGAAGGGUACCCCAGCCUGUGCCUUGUGGGGGAGGUGGCUGGGGUGGUGUGGCACCUUCAGGGGUCUGGCUUACCCAAGUCACCCUAUGGGGUUCAAUAUACCUGUUACUGCCCUGUUUUCUGUGGGCUGGUCUCCAA